AUGUCUACUGCCGUCGACAACACUACCACCGACAACCAGGCCUCCACCGUCCCUACCACGGAGGCCACCAACGGCACUGCCGCCGCAGCUCAAUCCACCGUCGAUGCUGCUGCUGUCAGUGCUGAUGAAGGACGUCGGUUGUACAUUGGGAACCUCGCUUAUGCGACCACUGAGGGGGAGCUCAAGGAGUUUUUCAAGAGCUACACUAUUGAGAGCGUCUCUAUCCCUGUGAAUCCUCGCAACAACCGCCCCGUUGGCUAUGCUUUCGUGGAUCUUGCUACCGCCACCGAAGCUACUGCCGCCAUCGCAGAACUUUCUGGACAAGAGAUUCUUCAGCGCAAGGUCUCCGUUCAACUUGCCCGCAAGCCUGAGCCUGCUGAGGCCAAGGCGGAGGGUGCUGCAAGUGGCGGUGAAGGUGCGAGCGGCAACGAGGGCCGGAAGAGGACAAGUGGGCGCACCCGUGGCCGCGGCCGUGGUCGUGGCCGUGUAGGUCGCGGAACACGCGGAGGCCGCUCGGCCACUGAGACCCAGGUCGCUGAAGAGCAGCCUACUACUGCCUCUGGCGAGACUGCUCCUCUCUCUGAGGUUACCAACCAGAAUGAUGUCGUUCCUUCCACCGAGGCUGGUAAACCCGCCGGCAAGCCCCGUGUCCGUCCCCAGAAGCAGCGCGGACCUCCCGAGGAUGGUAUUCCUUCCAAGACCAAGGUUAUGGUUGCCAACCUGCCGUACGAUUUGAGCGAGGAGAAGCUCAAGGAAAUUUUCAACGCCUACCAACCCGUUUCCGCCAAGAUCGCUCUUCGCCCCAUCCCCCGCUUCAUGAUCAAGAAGCUCCAGGCCCGCAAUGAGCCUCGCAAGGGUCGCGGUUUCGGCUUCGUUACCCUGGCCUCCGAGGAGCUCCAGGAGAAGGCUGUGCAGGAGAUGAACGGAAAGGAGAUUGAGGGCCGUGAGAUUGCUGUCAAGGUCGCCAUCGACAGCCCCGGCAAGGAGGAUGACCCUCUUCCCGCUGGCGAGAAGGCCGAUGAGGUUGCCGAGACCCCGGCCCAGGAGAACACCGCUCCUACCGCUGCCUAA